AUGGGCAGUCGAGCUUUUUCCCAUGACAGUAUUUUUAUACCUGAUGGGAGAACAGAGAGUGAACAGGCCAUCCAAGCAAUGUCACAGGAGAACGUUUUAGGAAAAGUCAAAACUCUUCAGCAACAGUUGGCCAAGAAUAUAAAAUUUGGACAGCCUCCACAAAUGACAAUUUCUGUGAGGACAAUGGGGGAGGCAAACACUAGUAUGGAAGAGGAUGUGCUGCUCAGUAGCCCUAUGGAGAUUGAGACUCAGCAGGAUACAGUGAUCUCACGCAGUGGUAAUAAAUCCACUGACACUCCAGGCUUGUUGAGAACAAUGACUUUGCCUGGAACAGGUUACGAAAUGGAAGAAAAGAUCGCUCCUGUCAAAUCAUCUCGGCCAAAAAGACAAUUUUCCUGUUCUGGCACAAUUGAAACAAUCAAUCUGGAUGCGGUUCCCCAGGCUGUUGCUCGUCUAGACAACAGUGCAGCUAAACACAAACUUGCAGUGAAGCCAAAAAAGCAGAGGAUGUCACGAAAGCACAAGAGAUUAACAAAGGGCUCACAAAGUUUAACAAUAACAGAAUUUGAACCAGAGGACCUAGAAACUGAGCUGUAUGGAGACAGAUACCCAGGUUAUAACGGACACAUCAUAGCUGACAAACUAAUCCAGAAGAGGGAUGAGCAGAAGCAGCUUCAGCCGGCAGAGGAGAAAAGAAUUGAAGAUCACUGGGGGAUCUUUGAGGCUGAAAGAAUAAGACAGAUUGUAGAAAUGGAAGAACAAAAAGAAAUGGAAGAACAAAGGUGCCAAAAACUCGAGCAGAUGCAGAAAGAGCAGGAGAGAAGGCAUUGUGAUGAAGAGAGGAGGCAGUAUCUCCUUGAAGGAGAGACAUCUUUGAAAACAGAAUUAAAAGCAUGCAAUAAAGAGGAGAGAAGACUGCUGGAAACUGAAAAGAGGCAAGAGCUGGAAAAGCAGAGGUGCCAGGAACUGGAGAAGCAGAGGCAGAAGGAGUUGGAGGAGCAACAAGGACGAAAGCAGGAGGAGCAGAGUCACCAGGAACAGGAGCAACAGAGACGAGAGCUGGAGGAGCAGAAGCGCCAGGAACAGGAGCAGCAACAGAGACAAGAGUGUGAGAAGCAACAGAGACAAGAUCUGGAGAAGCAGAAGCUCCAGGAAUGGGAGGAGCAGCAGAGACGAGAUCUGCAGAAGCUCCAGGAACGGGAGGAGCAACAGACACAAGAUCUAGAGGAGCAGAAGCUCUGGGAUUGGGAGAAGCAACAGAGAGGAGAACUGGAGGAGCAGAAGCUCCAGGAAUGGGAGGAGCAACAGAGACAAGAUCUAGAGGAGCAGAAGCUCCAGGAUCGGGAGAAACAACAGAGAGGAGAGCUGGAGGAGCAGAAGCUCCAGGAAUGGGAGGAGCAACAGAGACAAGAUCUAGAGGAGCAGAAGCUCCAGGAUCGGGAGAAGCAACAGAGAGGAGAGCUGGAGGAGCAGAAGCUCCAGGAAUGGGAGGAGCAACAGAGACAAGAUCUGGAAGAACAGAAGCUCCAGGAACAGGAGGAGCAACAGAGACGAGAUCUGGAGGAGCAGAAGCUCCAGGAAUGGGAGGAGAAACAAGGGCAAGAUCUGGAGGAGCAGAAGCAUCAGGAAUGGGAAGUGCAGAGAUGUCAGGAGUUGGAGGAGCAGAAGCAUCAAGAGCAGAGGCAUCAGGAGCUGGAGGAACGGAGACAAGAGCUGGAGGAGCAGAGGAGGCUAGAGCUGGAAGAAUUAAGUUCAGACGGUAUGCAAGAAGAUGAACUGAAGCAGCAAAAGGAACAAAAUGAACAAAAGUGGAACAUUCCAGAAGAGCAGGAGAUAGACACAGAAAGACAAAAUCCUCAGCAAAAUCAACAAGAAAAAUCCUUGGAACAGCAACAGGACAAGGAUCAGUUGUGUUCUGUAGGGGUUGAUAGGCAUCUGGUAGAGGAAAAGCUCCAAGAAAGAUCAAGAUCCCAAAAACUCAAACAGACAGAAAAAGGGAAUAAAACAGCAGAAGAAAUCCUAGCCCAGAAACUCAAGAGAGAAGUCGAGGCUCAGGAACAAAAGCGAAUAGGAGAAGAACUUCGGUGGCAAGAGGUAGAUGAAAGACAGACUGCAUCCAGACCCUUCACAUUUCAAGUGUCUUCUGGAGAUAAACAGAUCAUAUUUCAGAAAGUAAAUCUGAGUCCAGUCAUGCCUGUCAAAGGAGCAGGAGUGUCUUCUCCAUCCAUCAAAGACUCCAGGAUGCACACUGCCAGCAAGGGCUCUCAUACGCUUCCAUCAUCUGUGUGCGUACCCCACACAGCUAUUUUGGUUACUGGAGCACAGCUGUGUGGCACAGCAGUUAACUUAAACCAGAUAAAGGACACAGCUUGUAAAUCAUUACUUGGCUUAACGGAAGAGAGAAAAAAUGUGGAUAUUCCUUCACCAGAGAAGGCCCAGAAAAAAACCCAGGAUCCCAAACCUAGCAGCAGUAAAAUGAAAUAUGCACAAGAGUCAUUGAACAACCAGGCUGUACUGGCUGAGUGGGCCUCUAUCCGUUCCAGAAUCCUAAAGAACGCAGAAAGCAGCAAAUAUAACGAGAAAGACCGAGUAAGUGUCUGCAGACACAGUGAUGACUGGACUCCCCGAGGACGGGGUGCUCCCCAUGGCAACUUGAGGAAAACCCUCUCUGCAAAUGCAAAAUUCUCGAUAAUGCCAGCAUGGCAGAAAUUUUCAGAUGCUUCAAAAAACAAUAUAGAUGCUGAGAAUGUAAGUGUGGCAACAGGCAAUGAAACAGUGGCUGUGGGAAGAACCACUGGCUUAUCUGCUGAUUCGAAGGAGGAUGUGGCCUCCACAUUUAAGGAUAACUUAGCUGAAAAGGCUAAGGAGAAAAUGGAAACUCAUAGGGAAAUUACAGACAACACAGAAGGCUGUAAAUUUGCAAAAGAUCUUCCAUCUUUCCUUGUUCCAAAUUUUCCUCAUUCUCCAGGUAAAGAAUUACCCCAGGCAGAACUUCCUGGUGUUCUGGAAAAUCAGCAGAAUAACAGCACAAAGAAAGCAGAUAAACCAGCACCAAAUGGAGAAGAAAAUGUUUCUCCUUUUGGGAUAAAAUUACGAAGGACAAACUACUCUUUACGUUUCCAUUAUGAUCAACAGGCAGAGCAAAGGAAAAAGAAGCGAUACAGCGCGGGAGAUAGUUUUGAUGGUGUGCCUGACCCACUAGUUACUACAGAAGGUGAGAAAGAGUCUGAGGUUUUUGCUCCACAGGAGAGUACACCCCCUGGCACAGGGAGAGUGAACGUCCCUGGUAAUUUAAAAGACUCAAAAGACUCUUCAGUUACUGCAAUGGAGACUUCACAACCGGCAGUCACACCGGUGGUCCUACUAGCCACUGGCCAGAGUGCUUUAGCCCCUCAGGAGAAACCGGCAGGCAAGUCACUGCUCCAGCAGAAACCUGCUUUAGCUCCAAAGCCCACCAGUCAGACACCGCCAUCGUCUCCUCUCUCUAAAAUUAACAGAUCAAGCCUAUCUGAUGCACUAGGGCAAAGGUUGGUUAAAACUGAAUCAGAUGGUGGCUGGAGAAGAGAAGACAGAGCGAAUGCAGCACGCUCCACACCAUCCAGUGAGUAUAAGAAUGAAGACGAAGAAAUCAGAGAAAAGAAGUCGUUUUUCCCAUCUAUAAGUAUUCCAUGGAGAGAAAAAAAUGACAAAAAGCCUGAGCCAUUGAAGAGAGAAAAGCCUGUCCUCCAGAGCAGGCACUCUUUAGAUGGCUCUAAAUUGAUGGAAAAAGUUGAAACUUCACAACCGCUUUGGAUUACAUUAGCGCUGCAAAAGCAAAAGGGAUUUCGUGAGCAGCAAGCAACAAGGGAAGAGAGGAGACAAGCCAGAGAGGCGAAGCAAGCAGAGAAGCUGGCUAAAGAAAAUGCUGCUGGAAGUAAUCAGCCAGAUAAUAAAAGCAGCAGCAGCAAAACAAGCACACUGCAGAAAUCUACAACUCAGGAAGGGGAGAAGAAAAUUGAGACUACUGUAUCAAGACUAGAAAGAAGGGAACAGCUAAAAAAGUCAAACACCCUUCCAACUUCUGUGACAGUGGAAAUUUCAGACUCUGUUCCAUCAACCCCUACGGCAAAGGAGGUGGCCAAGAGAUUCUCUACGCCUGAUGCUAACCCUGUGUCAACAGAACCGGCCUGGCUUGCAUUAGCUAAGAGAAAAGCAAAAGCCUGGAGUGACUGUCCACAGAUCAUAAAGUAAACUGUAAAAUUACAUCUCUGUUGCUGACUAUUAAUUGCUUUCUUUUAUUUAUUCAGCUUUUUACACAUGACAAAAUUGAAAAUGCAUGUAUUGAAGGACUGAAAACUGAACUGAUUACCAUUUUGCUCUAGCUCACUGUAAAGUCUACUUAAGUCGUAUAUUCCAUUGCUUUGACAAAUAGCUAAAUGAGGUCAUGGCAAAAAAUUCCACAGCUAGACUUUCUCAAAAAUGUAAGAAUGCUCAGAUAAUGGAUGUAAAUUUCUGCAAAUAUCAUAAUAAGGGACAGAACUUCAGUUCAGAAGCUCCAUAAAUUCUGUGGGUAUUCAGUUCUGGAAUUUUAGAUCUCAGAAAUUUUUUCAACACUCCAUUGUGGAAAAUUAAGGCAAGAUGCAUGUUCCCUUCUCUUAUUCCUUUUCUUUUUUAAAGUGUUAAACCUGCUAUUUGAAAGCUUCUUCCCUAA